UCAUGGAGUAUAGGUUUAGUUGAGGAAGAAGACACGUACACUGUACUUCUAUCUAAUCGGUUGAUUCGAGAUGGCGAAAAUGUGUUUUGUCAAUGGCUAAAAAAGAUAAUCGAUUUAAUGAUUAAAAUGGCGGAAAAUCCGACAAAAGAUUUGAAAUCUUUUCCUGUAAAAAUUAUUGAAGAAAAUCGUAAGUAA